AUGCAGCAACCCAAUUCUGAUGAACAAAUUCAGAUUGAUACCAGCAGCGACGAUGACUCCCUCCUCGACGUACAGUCAUUGAUCGACUCUAGCUUCACAAUCUCCUCCACCGUCCGCGACUACUGCUUCGAGAAUGGCCGCCGCUACCACGCCUACCGCAACGGCCAGUACCCCAUCCCCAACGACGAGGAGGAGCAGGACCGCCUCAGCCUGAUGCACGGCCUCUUCAAAGCCAUCACCGGCGGCCAACUGCACCGGGCCCCCAUCCAGCUGCACGAUCAAUCAAAGCGCGUCCUCGACGUCGGCACCGGCACGGGCAUUUGGGCCCUUGAGGUCGCCGAGGCGUACCCCAACGCGGAAGUCAUCGGCACCGAUCUCAGCCCCAUCCAGCCGAAUUGGGUCUUGCCCAAUUGCUCGUUCAUCAUCGACGACGCGGAGAGUGACUGGGCGUUUCCCCCCGAGGAGGCCUUCGACUACAUCCACGGCCGGUCCCUCGGCGGCUCGAUCUCGGACUGGGAGCGCUUCCUUCGGCAGGCGUACCAACACGUCAAGCCCGGCGGCUGGGUCGAGAUCCAGGAGUUCGAGACCUGGAUCCGCUCCGACGACGGCACCGACCAGCAGGCCGUGCUGAUCCACGAUUAUCAGCGCAAACUGGACGAGGCGAGUCAGAAGUUCGGGCGGCGCAUGAAUAUCGCCUCAAACCUAGGCGAGUGGAUGCAGCGUGCUGGGUUUCAGAAUGUUAGGGAUGAUACUUAUAAGUGUCCGUUAGGUGGGUGGCCGAAAAACCCACAUCUGAAGGAAAUCGGUCGUAUGGGGAAGAUUGCCUUAUUCGAGGCCAUUGGGCCCUACUCGCUCGCGCUGUUCACCCGGGUCAUGGAUUACACAUACGACCAGGCGCACCAGUAUGCGCAGGAUGUGCGGCAGGAACUUGUGCAUGGCUCGUUCCAUAUCUAUACGUUGUUCCACUAUGUGUAUGGCCAGCGGCCUUUAGAUGAGUGA